AUGUAUCUAAUACGGCGGAGCGGCCAACCUGCGUGGACGCUUUUGCGGUUACCAGCGCCGAUUGUGUGCGGUUCAAGACGCGCAUUCUCGCAGAGCCAUGCGCGAGAACGAGGCAGCCUUCCUGUCUACCUCACACCCUCCAAACCCGAACUCUCCAUUAUCCUCUCACAGCUGAACUCCAAAGUCCUCCUCCCUCUCCACCUCACAAAAGAUCAGGCCAAGCUCGUCUUCAAACCGGAAAACAAGGCCCGCCUCGAAGCGUCCGACCCCAUCGAGAUUACGCUAGGAAAUGUCACGCUGCCGCUGGAGCAUAUUGACAGGAAUCGGGAUCAACCGAGCCAAUGGGGUACAAUCAAGACCAUCAUUGAAAAGGCGGAGUCGAGCAACGACUGGGAGAAUGUGAUUCGGAUGCUGGAAGGCGUGCGCAGCGCGGGCAUUCGCCUGUGGCCGUUCCAGUGGGAGAAGAUUGUACGGUCAUUGCACGUAGCAGACAUGCAGCAUCUGGUCGUGAAGGCGGUGCAGCGGGCGGGAAAGACGGGGUUGCGGUUAAGGCACAGCCGCGUCAUUCACGCAUUGUUUUUGGGCUUCCAUGAGAGGGCAGCAAGGUCCGAGUGGGACCCGGCCAUAACGGCUAAGAUGCUCGAUUUCGUUGAGGAGAUGGUGUACCGCAUGGAGGGGAAGGAACAUCUGGGCCGAGAGCCAGUGACGCCUAAUGACAUUAGGGCGAGUCCGUUCACGAUUGCGUACCCGGCGGAGUUGGCUGCGGCCAGAGCCAAAGUGCAGUUUGGCGGGGAGGAUAAGGAUAGGAAAGUGAGGAGAUACGCGUCCAGGCUCAUGAAUGCGAUCACGCAAACGACAUGGGGACUAGGUGUAUUGAAGAAGGAUUUGGACGAGCUCAAGCAGCUACCCACAGGCACGCAGGAAGAGUAUGUGACAUUCCAACGCACGACCAAUCACGUGCUCCAAUACAUAGUCGUGUGGAAUGCGCUCCGGACGGCCAACCAGGUACUCGGCGACGAAAUGCCGUCGGCGGAGAAGGCCCAAACAACCGAGAAAAAGUUGGGAAGGUUGUUGUUGAAAGCUGUGGACACGUUGAAGGAGAAGCGAAGUAAUCUACCGGUUCGAGUGGAGGUAUCCAUGACGGGAUGCCAGAAACUCUAG